AUGCUCCCAGCUCGCGGGCAUGUCGGAACCAGAACGAUAGUUGCUUGCUUGCCCCAGCGUGACGGCGACAGUCUGGUGCAUGUUAGCAAGCUUCCGAUGGAACCGAGCCCGGAGUUCUCAGCGGAGGAAGUGAUGUAUUACAUCCUUGAAGGGCUCAAGCACAACGACUUCCCUGAGAUAGACGCCGGGCUCAAGAGAUGCUUCGCUUUCUCCAACAACAUGUGCAGGUCGGCUGUAGGAGGAGACGACAGCAGGGCAGGAGGGACUACGGUUGAGCACUUCAUCAAGUACGCGUCCAACCCGACCUUCCAGUCCCUCGUCAGAUGCGAGAAGUACGAGCGAGAAGACAUGAACUUCCUUCCCUCCUCCCCCACUCGCGGAGCUCUCGCGACUCAGAUCGCGCAUAUAACAACCAAGAAUGGUGACAAGAGACGAUUCUUGUGGACCCUAGAGCAGGAGAGGAGGCCGCCACAGCAGGGCUGUUGGUUGAUCAGGCAGUGUUUGUACACCAAGAACGCUUUCCUCGAGACCAUUUGA